AUGAUCAAAGAAGAUGUUUUUACUGCCUUAUUGGGUUAUGUGGAUGAUAUUGUGGUUGCUAGUAACUCCAUUGAUUGUAUUAAUUCUCUCAAAGUGUUCUUGAAUACUGAGUUUAAGAUUAAGGAUCUUGGUGCCCUUCGUUAUUUCCUUGGUAUUGAAGUGGCAAGAUCCAUAAAAGGGAUUCAUUUAUGUCAACGGAAGUAUACACUUGACAUACUAGCAGAUUCAGGUACCCUUGGUUCCAAGCCAGCUAAACUUCCCAUGGACCGAAAUAUCAAGCUUAGCAAAGAAUCAAGGUGUAUUCUUUCUGAUCCAAGCAUUUAUAGAAGACUUGUAGGAAGGUUAUUGUAUUUAACUAUUACAAGACCUGACAUUAGCUAUUCGGUGCAAGUACUCAGUCAGUUCAUAUCUAAGCCAACUGAUCUUCACCUACAAGCUGCCCACAAAGUACUGAAUUAUCUAAAAGGUAGUCCUGGCCAGGGUAUUUUACUUUCUUCUUCAUCCCCUUUGCAAUUAAAUGGCUACUGUGAUUCUGAUUGGGCUUCAUGUCCAGACACUCGACGCUCUAUCACUGGCUUCUGCAUUUUCUUGGGCAACUCUCUUAUAUCUUGCAAGUCCAAGAAACAAUCAAUUGUUUCUCGCUCAUCUGCAGAAGCGGAGUAUCGGGCAAUGGCAACAACUGUUUCUGAGUUUACUUGGAUUAAACAAUUGUUAAAAGAUCUGCACAUUUCUCAUUCGUCUGCUGCAAUUCUUCACUGCGACAAUCAAGCAGCUCUGCAUAUUGCUGCCAAUCCAGUAUUCCACGAACGUACUAAACAUAUAGAGGUUGAUUGCCAUCUCAUUAGAGACAAAAUUCAGGAAGGUAGUAUCAUCACAGCUCAUGUACCAACUCAUUCACAACUGGCCGACAUCUUCACUAAGGCUCUCUCUUCUUCUGUUCUUACUACUCUCCUCUCCAAGAUGGGAAUAGUAGAUAUCUAUUCUCCAUCUUCCGGGGGGGGGGGGAAAGGUGAACAUUCCUUCUGUCGUGGUCAUAGGCUGUAUAUAAAUAGGCUGAUUAGAGAGAGAGUCAACGAGCACAAUAAUAUUGUCAGAGGAAUUCGGUCUUGUCAUGUUCUUCAACAUGACAAUAUCACAGGCUACAGAUUCUGUUAUGCAGCAAUAGUAACUACCAAGGUCAGAAGCUUCAAUUCUUCCCCUGGGAGCCUGCUAAAUAUGCUACUAAUUAUGCUAUUUGUACCCGGGCGUUUACACGCUCGGUUACACUCCUCUCACAUCGGGGGUGGGGCCCGCGCACAAUAA